AUGGUCCGCAAUCUCGUCGUCAUCGGUGGUACAUCCCACCCGCAGUUGACUCAGAGCAUCUGCAGUGUCCUGGGCAUCCCACCCGCGGACGUCCUGUUAACCAAGUUCGCCGUGGGCGAGACCCGGGUGGAGAUCCAAGAGUCUGUCCGUGGAAAAGACGUCUACAUCAUCCAGUCCGGAGGCGGCAAGGUCAAUGACCACCUGCUGGAGCUCCUCAUCACCAUCUCCGCCUGCAAGACCGCAUCGGCCCGACGAGUGACGGCCGUCCUUCCUCUGUUCCCCUACUCUCGCCAGAGCGAUAUACCUUACGAUAAGACUGGCGCUCCUCUCGUCAAGUCGUCCGUGCCGAACCGGCCCAACAACGGCUACACCUUUGAAAGCACCCCGCCUACCCCGGGCCUGGGCGCCAAAGCGGAUGGUCUCGGUUUGAACGGAAUCGACAACCUCCAGAAGAGCCUCGCCAAGGCCCAGAUCGAGGAAAGCAACGGUAGCCCCGUGAAGCGGCGUCCCGGGAAUGGACUUCCACGCAGCGACACCGCCGAUUCCCUCAAGUCCGUGGCAACGAACGGGGCUCCCGAAGACUCUGCAAGCUCUGCUUCCUCGAAGAUCAAUUCCUUCCAGCCUCGUCCUGGCUACAAGCAAUGGGUCGCACAAGCAGGCACCCUGGUGGCUGACCUGCUUACCUGUGCCGGUGCCGAUCACAUCAUCACCAUGGAUCUGCACGACGCCCAGUACCAGGGCUACUUCGAUAUCCCGGUCGACAACCUCUACGGCCGUCCUCUUCUGAAGAGCUACAUCCAACGCAAUAUCCCCAACUACAAGCAGGCCGUCAUCGUCAGCCCCGAUGCUGGCGGUGCCAAGCGCGCCACCGCCAUCGCUGAUCAAAUGGGCAUGGAAUUCGCCCUCAUCCACAAGGAGCGACGCCCCACAAAGAUUACUGACCGCCAGAAUGCGACCAUGAUGCUGGUUGGCGACGUCCGUGAUCGGAUAACUAUCCUGAUUGACGAUUUGGCUGACACCUCUAACACAAUUACCCGGGCUGCCAAGUUGUUGAAGAAGGAGGGCGCCUCCCAGGUCUAUGCUCUGCUCACCCAUGGAAUCCUUAGCGGCGAUGCCAUCGAGCGCAUCAACGCCAGUGCCCUUGACAAGGUAGUGGUGACCAACAGCGUCGACCAGGGUGACCACCUGCGCCGAUGCCCAAAGCUGGAGGUGCUGGAGGUUGGCCACGUUUUCGCCGAGGCAAUCCGCCGCGUUCACCACGGUGAGAGUAUCAGCGUUCUGUUCCAGUAUGACUGA